UGUCGCUCCGGCUUCGGGAUUGCUCAGGUCCAACAGAGAGCACCGAGCGAGAAAAAAAAACGAUCCCCUUUCUUCUCUUACCCACUUUCAUCAAGCACCUUCCCGCACCCAACCUCGGAUUCGUGGUGCGCGCCCGCGAGCGAUUCGACGCGCUACCGCCCCGGCGGACCCUGCUCGGCCGGAGCCGGACGUGCCUCACGUGGUUGUGUUAUAUAAACCUGCACUCUGAUGAUACGUGUGGUGACCACAGAGACAGCAAAAUUGGCUUUCUGAAAACAAAAGAUGUUUGUACCUAAAACAGAUAACCAAUCUGAUCUCGAGGGGCCGCAUAGAAAUGCUGGGCCGUGGCUGUGCUCCAUUUGCUCGCAGCAAAAUGAUACGAGUUGUAUGUCCUGUGAGGUAUGCGGCGUUCUUCGGGAUUUGUCGCUGUAUUUCAAUAACACCAAUGAACCUGAAGGUGGAGAAACAAGCAUUCUGGUGUGUCUGUACUGGCAAGAUCUCUUUUCACACCAUCCAGUCCAAAAUCAAAAGCCAUUGUUUUCUCCGAUGGAUUUCGAGGCAACAAAAACGCAACAGGACAUAUGCAAGCUUCCUUGGGUACCCUCCACAAAACAUUCAUGACACAUAAGCAGCGCCAUAACAUAGACUAGUGGAGACACCUGGAACAUGACUGCAUUAUGUUGAUAUUGACAGUGCCUUUCAAGUUUGAUAUACCAUCUCCUGAUGACAUGGUCUCUAUAGGCUUAAAAUCGUCCAGACAUUUGCGAAAAGAUAUCCCCGGAAAGAUGGUGAUGGGUGAUGAUGAUCUUGUAGCUGAGAAGGAUACAAGUACAGACCCAAGUUCAUCAGUGAAGUUGGAUGAACUUGGUGGAAAUAGUAGCAGUGUUGCCGCCAAUACUCGGAACGAAACUCUUAUUUUGGACAAUGAGCUACAACAUUUGAGUUUAGAGAGGAAGCCAAAAAACAGUAAAGCCAAGAUUAAGAAGCCAGUUCCUGUUUCACAGUACAAGCCAGAACCGUGGAUGCUACAGGGAGAAGAUCAAGAAAUGCCUAGGCAACUAAAUCUUGCUAUUGUUGGUCACGUUGAUUCUGGCAAAUCAACAUUAUGUGGUCGGUUGCUGCAUGCCCUGGGUAGAAUUUCAAAAAAGCAAAUGCAUAAGAAUGAGAAAGAAGCGAAAGAAAAGGGAAAAGGGUCGUUUGCAUAUGCUUGGGCCAUGGAUGAGAGUGCUGACGAAAGGGCACGUGGUAUCACGAUGAAUGUCGGUGUAGCAUACUUUGACACCAAAAACUACCAAGUUGUUAUGCUCGACUCCCCUGGUCACAAAGAUUUCGUUCCUAACAUGAUAUCUGGAGUGACACAAGCUGAUGCAGCUGUCCUAGUUGUUGAUGCCUCUCUAGGAUCAUUUGAGUCGGGUAUGGGCGUUAAUGGGAUUGGACAGACAAAGGAGCACUCACAGCUUAUUCGAAGUUUCGGUGUUGAGAACUUGAUAGUUGCUGUUAAUAAGAUGGAUUCAGUGGAAUAUUCGGCGGAACGCUUCAAUUAUGUGAAAUCACAACUUGGCAUUUUUCUCCGAUCAUGUGGCUAUAAAGAGUCAGCGAUAACCUGGGUUCCUUUGAGUGCAAUGGAAAAUGAGAAUCUGGUGACAGCAGCUUCAGAUACUCGUCUCUCAUCAUGGUUUCAUGGGACUUGCCUUCUGGAAGCAAUUGACUCGUCAGCAGCACCUCACCGUGAUGUUUCAAAGCCACUACGGCUUCCAAUUUGUGAUGUUAUUUCAUCCCAUGUGCUGGGGCAAGUGGCGGUUUGCGGUAAAGUAGUGUGUGGAGCAAUCCGAAGCGAUUCCAAGGUUCUUGUGAUGCCUUCUGGAGAGCUAGCUACAGUGAAAAUCAUCGAGCGGGACUCCUCUCGUCUCAGCUCGGCAAGAGCCGGCGACAACAUUGCGAUUGGGCUGCAAGGGAUCGACCCUAUCCAUGUGAUGUCGGGUGGAGUCCUGUGCCAUCCAGAUUACCCCGUGUCGGUGGCGUCUUCCCUGGAGCUGAAGAUCCUGGUGCUAGACAUCACCGUACCCAUACUGCCGGGCCUUCAGUUUGAGCUCCACGCACACCACGCGAAGGUGUCGGCGUCCCUGGUGAGGAUCGUGUCGCUGCUGGACCAGAAGACCGGCAAGGCCUCGGCGAGGAAGCCGCGGAUGCUGACCGCAAGGCAGGCCGCCGUCGUCGAGGUGAGGCUGGAGAGGGAGGUGUGCGUGGAGGAGUUUGGAACACUCAAGGCCCUCGGCCGCGCGUUCCUGCGGUCGCAGGGGAGCACCGUGGCGGUCGGCGUCGUGACCCGCGUCGUGCAGGUCGACAUGUCCACGUUGCGAGCUCCACCUACCGUCCCGUCCGGCCGUCCCCGUCCGUCGAGGUCGUCGUUGAUUUGCUUGCCCAUGUCAGCACGUCCGCCGAUCGAGCUGCUUCAACUCAAACUCUCGAGUUAUAGAUACACUAGCCUGCGGCGCGCAUAAUGAGACCAUCCAUUCGAUUGAACCAACCAUCCAUACGUACAUAUUGUAACAGCUUCACCGGUGUUCGGGAUUAGUUAACUCGGCGUCUGCAUACAUACAUUUGUUUAACACUUCAA